AUGUGCUACAGCGCAUUGUCAGGUAAUGAAGAACGUGUUGAGGAGAUGCAUAAGGAGGAUGAGCUGGACCUGGUUGAGGAGCAUAUUCUACCGAGGAUUCCAGAUGUGUUAGCACCAGUGGAAUUACCGGUGGGUGAUAUAGACCCGGGCAAGAUGUGUAAGGACUUUCAGUCGUUUGAUGAAGGGCCGUUGCGAGCGUUGAGCAAGGAUAUUGGAGUUCCGCAGGCUGACAUUGAAGCCAUGGUGGUAGCUAUAAAGUCUAUUGCGUAUGACAAAGAUAACCCGACAUUUGUGAACUUGCCAGAUGUUGAGCUGCGGGUGCGUACUGAUGCGGUACCGCUACCAUAUGUACAAUUACAAGGAUAUGGAUGCUCAGGAGGUCCUAAAGGUUAA